UUUUUAUUUCAGAAAAUGCUGAGAUUGUGUGAUCCUGUUUGAUCGUGUGAAGACAAAGUAAGACAGAUGUCCUGUUCUUACUUUCCUUUGUUGGACAAGGGAGGGCAGUGGAAAGGAGGCGGGAGGAUGUGAAGUCUGAGCCAAUCGCUGGUGGUUCCUUCAUGGACUGGCCUCCUUUUACAGGCUGCUGACAUGCGUGCUAUAUUAAAGAGACGCCACCCACAGCUGCACCUGACAAUUUACAGCACUGACACUGCUCAGCGGGGGAAAAGGCACUCCAGUCCUCAGUUAUUUGCAUCACUUGCGAGAGUGACAUUACUUAGCUGAAGCUGUGUGGAAAUUACAGCUUUUAUACUCGAACAACACACUGCUCCCUGCUGGCUCUGUGCUCCGUAGUCCUGGAGGAUUUUUUCCUGCUCUGGAUAUGAAAGCUUAGCCUAUAUUGGUGUCUUGCUGCAGAUAUCAUUUUCUGUUUGUAACUACGUAGGAAAGGUGGAUUCCUUCAUGGCGUAACUCAAGUGUUUUUUUUUUUUUACAUUGUUCAUCCAUUGACUGAAGGUGACCUGUUUCCUAUUUCUUUCAAAAAAAGCACCAUCUCUCACUCUCUCUAUCUCUAUCUCUCUAUAGAAAGAAACAGCUUUAAGGACUUAACAUCCUCCAGGUCUGCGCAUAUCUGUUGGAUAUUUUUUUUUUCUUAAUUCCUGGUCAACUUUCUUCAACUAGCAAAUGGUGUGAGCUUCACUUUGGACAGUUUUCAGACAUCAAAGCACCCCUUUCGUGAUGCAGAUGGUCAUGGUUAGAUUUAGUUUUGAACCCACAACCCACUGCGUUUCAUGAAGAGGUUUGGCAGUCUGAGGAGGAGCAAGAAACGGAAGGAGCAGGAUGGGCUAGGAGGCCGGCAUCAGUCCGAGUCAUCAUGUCUAUCCGCCUCUGGACUCUCCACACCACCAGCCACCCCAAUCCAGGCAUCCAGCCAACCUGUGUUCACCCAGGAGGCCUUGCCGAGCGGACCCAGCCCUGAACGCCCAGAUGCGAGAAGGCUAUCCCGCUCCAGCUCCACACCUCCAGACACAGGACAGCGCCUCAGCCUUCCCGCAGCUAAACCCCCAAUACCCUCCUCGAGCCCUGUGGCAUCUUAUUCUACCUCGCAACAAGUGUACAGUUUAUUCGAAGGCAUGCUGGAAAAACUUGACCUAGACGAUGAUGCUGCUGAACCUGAGAGUGAUAUUUACAUGCGCUUCAUGAAAUCCCACAAGUGCUACGACAUCGUCCCCACAAGCUCCAAGCUGGUUGUGUUCGACACAGCACUCCAAGUUAAGAAAGCAUUCUUUGCUUUGGUAGCCAACGGUGUGCGAGCUGCUCCACUAUGGGACACAGAGAAGCAAAGCUUUGUGGGGAUGCUGACAAUCACCGAUUUCAUCAUCAUACUACACAGAUACUACAAGUCGCCGAUGGUGCAAAUAUAUGAAUUAGAGGAACAUAAGCUUGAGACGUGGAGAGAGGUUUACCUUCAGGCAACAUUCAAACCUCUGGUCAACAUAUCGCCUGAUGCAAGCCUCUUCGACGCAGUGUACACACUCAUCAAAAACAAAAUUCACCGCCUGCCCGUCAUCGACCCCGUCACGGGAAAUGCACUUUAUAUUCUCACACACAAGAGGAUCCUCAAGUUCCUCCAGCUUUUUAUGUGUGAAAUGCCAAAGCCAGCUUUCAUGAAGCAGACUCUCGGGGAGCUGGGCAUUGGAUCGUACCGUGACAUCGCUUUCAUCCACCCUAACACGCCCAUCAUCAAAGCACUCAACAUUUUUGUGGAGAGGCGAGUGUCGGCCCUGCCUGUGGUGGAUGAGACGGGCAAAGUUGUGGAUAUUUACUCCAAGUUUGACGUCAUUAACUUGGCUGCUGAGAAGACGUACAACAACCUGGACAUCACGGUGACGCAGGCUCUGAAGCAUCGCUCCCAGUACUUUGAGGGAGUCAUGAAGUGCCAUAAAAUGGAAACCAUGGAGACCAUUGUGGACAGAAUAGUCAAAGCUGAAGUGCAUCGGUUGGUGGUGGUGGAUGAGCGCUCCAGCAUCGAGGGCAUCGUUUCCCUCUCCGACAUCCUCCAGGCCCUGGUGCUCAGCCCUGCAGAUGCCUGUAAGGAGGAGACCCUUACUGAGUGAGAGCUAAGAAGCAUCAGCUGGAGUGGAAACGUGGUGGAAGGAAAUGCGUUUGAAUGUUGAGGUAUGGAGCGUGAGGCUGAGCACAGCCAGUGGAAAGGUCCCAGAGCCGCCUGCAACGGAUGCACUAUAGAGGCUUGGAAACCAAAGAGCUAGACAGCUGAAUGAAGUGGAGUUCCUGAACUGAGGAUUGAUUUUCUGAGUGUUUUUUUCUUUUUCUGGAUUGUUUGAACACUGAUCAGAUGUGCACACACAGUAUACUGUAUUUAUAAAUGGAGACACACACACAUUGAGAUGCAUUAUGGUCACCUGCCAAUGAAAGGUGGCAAAGUCGAGACGGGUUCUUAUGAAAUAGGGCUUCAGUGUUUUGUGUUGUGUAGCUACAAUCAUGCUGCUGUUAUCAGUUGAUUUUUUUUAGUCACGUUUUGAUGCCAUAGGUCAACACCUCUUUGACAACUUCUCAGUUUUUGGUGUAAAAAGGUGACAUUCACAGAUGCAACUUAUUGUUUAGUAACAAAACUACACUUCAUUUAGAAAAUGGCCAUGUUUUGACGGGUGUCAUUUAAAUCAAUGAUUUGCCAGUGUCAAUAUGGAGAGAUGAAUGCCAAAUCUUUAUUUGUGCCUUUAGUUGCCCUGCCCACACAACUUAAAACUGAACGUAUUUAUGACAGUUUGCUUAUUGUUAAAUAAGAGCAGUGUUAUGUUUUUAAAGAUAUAAAUAUGUAAUAUUUAAGAAGUUUGCAACCUUCUACUUCUCAUACAUAAAAAGAUUGUCCUUUAUUUUUCAUUUCUAUGAUUUUUGAACCAUGUCAGAACGGUCAAUAAUCUCUUUUAAUAGAUCUCAUUCUAACAAAUAAUCUUCAUAUAAUAAUCUUGACAGACAAUGGUCAGAGAAAAACACACCCUGACAUUAAUAUAACUCUAUCAGGAUAUAGUUCUCCCAUCAAAAGUUAUUUAAUGUCAUGGCAACUGAUGGAUGCAUUUUUGGAAAUUUUUAACAAGAAUGAGAAAUGUGUUUUUAGAUGUUAAUGACCUUUUUUUUACAUUUACUUCAUUUAUUUUGACGCUUCAAAGCAUUUGACACUCGCAAACAUGCAAAACAACUCAGUGGUUUCAGCUGUAGCUCGACAGGACUCAUCUCCAUCUUUGAUUGUAAAUAGUAUGUUUUCGGGAAAUGUGUCACAAAGCUUUAUUUUUAUUAAUGUAACAACAUGUUUAACGAGACUGCAGUUUUAAUGUUAUUUUUGUAAAUAUAUUGUGGCAAUAUGUCCGGUUCAAAGAGACUUUGUAUGAGAUCAACAUGUAAUGUAAAUGUGCAAGCAUGAGAAACUACACUUCAGCAGUAUGAAUGUCCUUUGUUUUACUUUUUCUAUUUUUCUGACUGCAGAAAAAUAAAUGGACACUGAAUGUACUUAAAA